AAAUUGAAGAAACAUCUAAUACAAAUAUUAAUCAAGAAAAAAGCAAAAAUCAAGACGAUAGUGAAAAUGAAAUACUUGAAGACAACUUUAUCGAUUUUUCAAAUAGGCUGUUUCAUAUGUUUGAUA